UUCGCGCUGCGGGUUUAUGUGUCUCUCUCGUGCGGGACGGUGACGCAAGGGUCACUCCGCACAUGAUUCCGUCACAUGAACGCGUCGGUGUCCGGGUGACAAAUCUGAAGUGACUGAGAAAGAUCUCUAACGGCGUGCUCGGUCUUCAGGAGAGUCCUCUAUUUCUUGCGCUUCAGUGCGCAGAGCUGCAGCACCUGUGCCGACACCUGUGAGCAGGCUGACUUGCCUGUGUCUGUAUGGAUGGGAAUGGCAGCACCAGCUGCCUGUGGGAAUCACUCGCACAUGACAUGGAAUCACAUCAUUCUCAUUAUUGCAAUGGUCCUGAUCUUUAGUGCUACUUCAGUGUAUGCACAGUGUCGGAUCCUGCGAUGUAACUCAGAGUUUGUGGCUGCGACUCUAGAAAUGGGGGUCACUGGGGGGAGGGAGGGGAGUAAUACCAGGUACUGCAGUGCUUUGCGAUCCUACGCCCUCUGUACUCAGCGGACUGCCCGAGCGUGCCGCGGAGACCUGGCCUACCACUCUGCUGUGCAGGGCAUUGAGGACCUGCUCAUCCAACAUCGCUGCCCCAAAACCGGCCCAACAGCCCAGCCACGGCCCCUGCCCCAGGCCCCACUCUCAGAGGAUGGAUGUAUCUAUGAGAAGGGCCGGGCCCCAGAUUAUCUGCACUGCGGGGUGUUUGGGGACCCUCACAUCCGCACCUUUAAUGAUGAGUUCCAAACAUGUGCUGUGCAGGGAGCCUGGCCUCUCAUAGAUAACCAGUACCUGUACAUCCAAGCCACAAGUACACCCACUAGAGGGAGCUCUUACUCCACAGUGCUCACAAAGAUCACGGUUAUCUUUAAAAACUCACGUGAGUGUGCAGAGCUCCAGAUAUACCAAGCAGAGCUGGACAACGUUCCCCCAGCGUUUGUAGAUGGUUCUAUGACCAGCGGUGAUCGCAGAGGUCACCAGAGCCUGCGCAUUCUCUCUCAUGACCCUGGCAAAUACGUGGAGAUCAGGGCUACACACAUCGGGACGACACUGGUGGUGCGUCAGGUCGGACUGUCGCUCAGUCUGUCAGUCCGCUCUCCUCGUGAGAUCGUGGAGUCCUACACACCUGAGCAGGACCUGCAGUUGUGUGUGUGGGGUUGUCCGGUCUCACAGCGUCUGGAGACGCCACCUGCACAUCUGUCCACUGCUGCGUAUGCACACUGCUCCUCCCUGCUUCCUGUGCGAGAUGUGUAUUUCCAGUCUUGCCUGUUUGAUUUGCAGGUCACUGGGAAGUUGAACUCUAGUGCUUCAGCUGUGGCUGCGUUGGAGGACGCUCGCGCAAUGAUCUCUGACCCUGAAAGGGUUCACCUGCUGACAGCCAGGGCAGGUAAUACCACUCCAUCUCUGCCGGUAGUAUUGGCCAUGAGUGUCCUCACAGAGACCCUUAGACGUGCUGUCUCAGUUCCAGUCUGAUGAUGGUAAACUCUGCAGUUUUCAAAAGCCUAAAGCAGGGCUUACUUGAUAUUUAAAAAUGAUAUUUAUACAGUUGUUCAGUGUUUACAUCCCAUCGCCCUGCUGCUAAAACAGCUUAUACCAACCUAACGUGGUUUUGUGGUCUUAGCUGGUUUAAGCUAAUUUAGCUGGUCUCACCGCCUUGCCAAGCUGGUUUUGGUCUACCAGGCUGUCCAGCUGACAAGUGCCCCAAACCCCUCUAAAACCAGCAACACAAACCAGCCUAACCAGCCUGCUGAGGCUGGGGGACCAGCUGACCACCUUAUUUUUUCUUCUUCUACUUUCUUGCAGGGCAGAGUUGUCAGGGUUUGGAAGUUUGUAUGUUUUAUGUGAACAAAGGCUGUCUGGAACUGCCUCGCAAAAAAAAAAAAAAAAAAGAAAAUGCAUUUUUGUGUUUAAUUCAGUGUUACAUGCACAUAAAGUGAACGAUUUGUGUAUAUAUAUGAAGAAAGAAAAUACUGCAAAUUUCUACUCAGCACAUAUUUGCUUAUCGAAGACAUAGUGAAUGUUUUCAAGGUGGAUGAGGUUUAUGCAGGAAUAAUUUGAGUGUAUUUAUAAUAAAGAAAUAAUCUAAACUAUAUCCACUCAGCAGUUCAUUGUCGUGUGCUGGCCCACACAGCAUUGAUGAAUGAAGGUUACACCAGAUUUUGCAGACCAGAGAAAAUUACCCUUAUUACCAAAUUAAAUUCAUUUUUCUAAAGCUAAAAUAGACAUUUGAAUCAUUUUUUCUGUCAAACUGGUGACCGAAAUUUCAGACCACUAUGCAAAUUAUGUAUAUGCAUCAUGGAAAUUAAUCAUGAGAAUCUGUGUAAAAUUUCCUUUGAAAAGUGAAGACCAGUCACAUUUUCUGUUUUCAUUCUGUCAGUCUCCAAAAAAUGUAAUGUUGUAACUCCAUAGAUUGAAAAACAAGUUGUCUAAAUCUAUAACUGUGAAAUUUAUGUGAAUAAUGUACUGAUUUUGAGGCAUUUCACACUUGUUUAAGGGGUGAUGCCGGAUGGUGUUCAUCUGGGUUAACUUGAAUGUUUAUUUGAUGCUGGUAAAGGUUUGGUUGGAAGUUGUCUUCUUAUCUCUUGCAUUAUAAAUGGCACACACAAGUUUUAUGUUCAUAGGCCUAUAAUGUAUAAGUGUAGGCAGCUUUGGCCCAAGUCCACAAUUGAUAUAUGAUGUUGUUGUGUGGCGGAGAAGGGAUGUGAGUUAUUCUUAUCACAGUGAUUGAUGGGUUAUAUAAAUGGGCUCCUUCUGAACUUCCUUCUGUAGGAAGAUACACAGUAAAUGUGCUGGAUCAGUCAGCAGAUGGCAGUGCUCAUCUAAUCAGAGGAUACUUGCUCUCAUGAGCCCAUGUGAACUUACACACGUUUUACAGCAUGUGGCCUGCUGUGAUGGGUGCAUUUAUUAGGUCAUCUCUGAUGACCACUGCUAUCUCUAAACUUCACUGUAUGUUUCUGUUUUUCUGAUAACUCUCUGCACAGUCAGGUUUUCUAUACACUAACAAAAAAGUACCAAGAACUUUUUGUACCAUGGUAAUAUAAUGAAUGUUUACAUGAUUCAUGUUGAUACAAUAUGCUUUUUGGAAAUGGUUCAUUCUGAUAACAUUUGUUUUUUACAUGUACAAUGGUAAUACCAUGUUUUUUCAUCAUAUACCAUGGUUUGUGUUCGUGCCCCAUUCGGCCCCGUUUCACGGCUGGUGCUGACAAUCUGUGCUACCUGCUCAGGAUGUGCUACUAGCAGUAAAAACAGUGAUGUGUAAAGCCUAAACUUGGGUAGCAAAAGUCGGGAGCCAUGGGAGAACCUGUCAGUAUGUACUACAACAGCAUGAACUAUGUUAAAAACCUGGGUAGCACAUCUUGUCAGGCAGAUAAUACCUAUCAGGAUGUGCUACCAGCGUAACUAUAAUGUAGUGUGAUAUGGUGUGAGGCUAUACUAAGCCCUAACCCUACC